AUCCCUUACCAAUAUGUCUGCGUAUCCCUUAGCAAUGUGGCUCGGCUCCUGUUAGGGGCGUCGGUUGUGUACCAGGCGUCAUCACAGGGCGCCUCACAAACACCAACCCGGUCGGUGAUCGCCUCUCUCCGCCUACGAGUUGCGUGCUGGUGCUGCCCUGUUUCUCUGCUGUGGUGCUGCGAUGUUCCUGGUCGGUCUCACGGGAGGCAUUGCGUCUGGGAAGAGCACCGUCGCCUCAAUCUUCCGAGAGCUGGGAUGCCCCGUCAUCGACGCCGAUGAAAUUGCUCGUCUUGUUGUGGAGCCAGGCCGGCCAGCGUUGAAGAAAAUUGUUGAAUUCUUUGGAGCGGAGGUGCUGCAUUCAGAUGGACGUCUCAAUCGCGAAAAGCUCGGUGCCAUCAUCUUUGCCGAGCCACAGAAACGCCGACUGCUCAACUCCAUUACGCACCCCGACAUCCGACGGCAUAUGCUCAAGCAAAUCCUGUGGCACUUUGUGCGUGGAUACCACUAUGUGAUCCUUGAUGUCCCUCUGCUUUUCGAGAAUAAGACGAUGAGCAGAUUCAUCAAGCACUCCAUUGUGGUCUACUGUGACCCCGAGAGCCAGCUCUCUCGCCUGAUGCAGAGGAACUCGCUGCCGCGGCACGAGGCCGAGCUGCGCAUGCGAGCUCAGAUUCCGCUGGACCAGAAGCGCCUGCUCGCCGACCACGUGAUCGACAACUGCGGCGAGCGAGAGGCGACGCGGCGGCAGGUGGUGCGGCUGCACGCUCUGCUCGACGCCUCGCUCCACCACCUGCCCGCCCGCCUGCUCGCCGUGCUUGCCCUGAGCGCGGCGGGCGGCGUCACAGUGUGGCUGCUUAGCAAAUUGUGCGUCGGAGCCGGCAGUGGCCCUUUGGGGCUGGGUUGAAAUGCAGGGGAGGGAGGGAGGGCGGUCGCUCGCUCGCUCGCUCGCUCGCUCUGCUUUGUACGAAGUAUGAGGGCGAUUGAAAUUGAAAGGUCUGCGCCGUUGUGUAGAGGAAAUGAAAAGUGGCACGGAAUGAACGGUGGUGAUUUGUCUGCAAGCAAAUUUUUUUGAUUUGGUCAUUCCGACAUGAUCACCCUGAACGUGACCGAUCUCGCCAAAUCAGGUUGAGCCAGGGGUUUGGAUUGGGCUGUGAGGUGGCCAGUUGAUGGCAGUACAGCAAUGGAUAAAAGCCAUCUGUAUAGAGAUUUGAGUCCUACUUGUGGUUUUCUUGGGUUUUAUGAUUUCUUCCAACAUGCUAAACGGUUAUGGCAUUGGCCAAACAUCACAUUGUAGGAUCCUCCUUAAAUAAAGUCUUGAGAUUCAUGAUUGUUUUUUAUGAUUAUUAUUAACUAAAAUUGACUGUUCAGUUAAAGUGUACAUUAAAGAAUGAACAUUGUAUCGGAGUAAAUGAAUGGCAUAAUUUUCAUGGGUGACGAAAAUAAUAAAAAUUUCAAGUAUUGGAAAAUUGAAUUUUUUUUUGGAAAAGCCAAAAGAUUGUUACUCAUUUUUUUAAACAAAGCCUACAUCCUAAGACUUUUUCAGGAGACCUUGCUUCGGGAUGCUUUGCCAAUUCCUUUUGAUCUCGCGUUUUGCAUGUGGGAUAAAACCAAGGCACCUGAAGAAAUCCCACCCAUACAGAGGAUAGUGAAGUCAAAAAAAUGUUUUUGUUAAACACGUGGACACCUUUCUGGCAAAAAUCUGCAACUCAAAGGAUAGCGCUCGAAGUUCUGAUGGUUUCCAGACCCUGCCUUUUGUACUGCCAUACUAUUUCCACAAAGCAAAUUUGAGAGUUUUACAAAUACUGAUCAUCCAACCUUCAUCUGCAAAGCACACUAAUGUGGUCACGUGUCAGCACGCCCAACUAAAACCAGAUAAAAUACAGGGAAAUCUGGCUAAAACUCGGACCAGUUUUGCCUGCUAGUGACUUCCGUAUGUUGUCUGAGCAAAAGAAAUUGCGUGGAAGAGCAUUGUUUGAGUGACAAGGGAUGUGUGUUAUGAACUAUUUUCUUGACAAGUGAGACAAUUAUUCUGGCUGUGGAGUAAAGUCUUGGAACGUCAGUUGACCAAAGUGCAUUGAACUUCAAUGGUGCAAAAAUAAGAUAAUUACGUAGACAAUAAGCCUCCUUUCUCGUGUCUAUUACUCCAGGUAAAAAAGUGAACUUAUCCCAACAGCCACACGGCCUUCUGCAAGUGCAUAAUUUCAAGACAAUUGGUUUAACACAAGAAAACUGGACCGGUUUCAGCAUUCAUUGUCAUGUCACCAAGUUAGACUUGCUUGAACUAAUACUGAUUAAUUGCCAGAUAUGUAUAGGCACGGACCCUCUUAAUUAAAUUGUUAAAUAUGUAACGUUAAAUAAUCAUAAGCUUGGCUGCUGAUGAGACACUCAAAAUGGGCCCAGAUUUUGCUGUAUUGAAUCAAUGCUGCUGAAAUUACGUACUCCCAGAAGCCCAUGUGGCUAAUGGAAUGUGUAAAUCAUACUUUGAGCACAUGUAACUUAUAAUACUUGUUUUUUU